AUGAAGUUCCAAACCAGCAUCCUCGCCGCCACCCUGCUGGCCGGCGGUGCCCUGUCUGCCCCAAGCAGCCGGUCCCUUGAGCGUAUCCGCGCCCGGUCCGCAGCCCGGCAGUCCCACCCCAUGGACGGCGCCGCAGCUAGCCCUGUCGCUGCGGACCCCAACGCAGCGCACCGAGCCACCGAUUCCAAAGUCUCCUAUAGCAAGAACUGGUCCGGUGCCGUCCUCGAGCAGCCACCCGCCUCGGCAUCCUACACCGCCGUGUCAGCGACCAUCACCGUCCCCGAAGCGACGGCGGUCGCCGGCGUGUCCGGCACGCAAGCCAGCUCGGCCUGGGUCGGCAUCGACGGCGACACGUACGCGAAUGCGAUCCUGCAAACGGGCGUGGACUUCUACGUCGACGCCGACGGGACCCACAGCUACGACGCGUGGUACGAGUGGUACCCGGACAACGCGCACGGCUUCGACCUCGCGGUCAACCGCGGGGAUGUCGUCGUCGUCAGGGUGGAGAGCACCUCGCCCAGCGAGGGCGUCGCCAUCAUCGAGAACCAGACCAGUGGGAAGUCGGUGUCGACAACGCUGAAGGCGCCGACGCCAACUGCCACGCUGGCGGGCCAGAAUGCCGAAUGGAUCGUCGAGGACUUUCAGUCUGGGCAGACGAUGAUUCCGCUGGCUGAUUUCGGACGCGUAGCAUUUACCGGCGCCGAGGCGAAGGCCGGCGGGAAGUCGUAUGGGCUUAGCAAUGCUACAAUCAUCGAUAUGGAGCAGGAUGGGAAAAUUAAGACGCACACGACUAUUGUGAGCGAUAGCGAGGUUACUGUUGAGUACGUCCGGACUUAG